CCGCAGGUUCUUUUCUGCACACGUUUUCGAAGGGAAACAAGCAGCUUGUGAAACUAAGCUAGUUGGUGGCCUGUAAAAAUGAAGAUCGGUCUGUGUGCAUUCAGUGGGUUCAAAAUUUACCCCGCCAGCGGCAAGACUCUUGUCAAAGCCGAUGGAAAGACGUUCACGUUCCUGAACAAAAAAUGUGAACGCUCGUUCCUGAUGAAGCGCAACCCGCGCAAGGUGAAGUGGACGGUGCUGUACCGCCGCAAGCACAAGAAGGGUAUUGUGGAAGAAGCAGCCAAGAAGCGCACCCGCCGCACGCAAAAGUUCCAGCGUGCCAUUGUCGGUGCGUCACUUGCGGACAUUAUGGCGAAACGAAACAUGAAGCCCGAAGUUCGUAAAGCCCAGCGUGAACAGGCAAUCAAGGCUGCCAAGGAAGCUAAGAAGGCCAAGCAGACCGACAAGAAGCCUAAAGCCGCUCAGCCCAAUCCUAAGCAGCAGAAAACGAAGGCUGCCAAGGUCUCGCAGAAGGCUGCACCACGCGUCGGAGGAAAGCGAUAAACAGUGGGAAUAUGGUUUCAUUUUUGUCUCUUACCUCAGAACGUAUCGUGGCCCAUGUGUCGAUUGCGUGUUCCCAUUAAGCUUGUACCAUCUAAGCUUGGUCACGUCGGGCAGGUGGAAAAUGUAAUAUUGGGAGUAUGAAAUAAGAAAACAGACACCCGUCGGUUAUGGUGGAUGUGGAAAA